GAGGAGGACUUCGUCUUCAUGAAGAAACCCGGCCCGUCUCGUUGAGUCGCGCAAUUUGAACGGAAGGAAAUGGGAGGAAGGGAAAGGAAAGAGCAGGCCGUGAGCCAGAUGGAGCUGAGAGGCAAGAGCUGAGAGGCAAGAGCUUCACCGUCCCUUUAUGGAGGUGACGAGAACCCUUUGGAGAUUGCGAUGACCUCCUUCCCUUACGUACCCUAUCUUCAUGAAAUCAACGAGGGCCAAGUGCCUAUUUCUCACCGGAUCUCUCUUUUGUGUGAUUUCUUCUCGUCCCUACGCUAGACUUCUCUGGGAUGUCCUGGUGGCGAGAGGGAACCUAUCUGCCAGUCUGUGGUUGUGGUCAACCGACGUCCCUCCUCGAUCUCAUAACCCUGGGACAUCGCUUAUCCAGCCUGAUGGCAGCGGCAUGGUCAGUAAUCCACGACUCGGUGCCGGCACUUGAACACGAAGAUAGGGAAGCUCCUCGUCAUCAGUACCGUAGACUGUAAUUGGAUGGGAUGCCGGCAUUAUAGACAGCGGGUCAGAUAGUGAAUGCCAAUACCCGCAAGAAGCAUUGAAGACAUUCAUAUAAUGAAGCUCCCCCCAGUCUGAGGUCGUCGCCAAUUGCUCCUAGUACGGUAGACCGUAGCUAGAAUCGGCAACUUCG